UUCCGCAUUCAGUCAGUUUUAAUCUUCAGGAUUGUGUACAUCGAACAAUAAUGUGGUUUAACAAAAUUGUUUUUGCGUUAAUGCUGGCUACGGUGACAGUACAUGCCAAUUACUAUGUAAGCAAUGUUUCGACACAUUGGAGCAUGGCAAACUGCACACUUGCAGAACCACAGCUGGCUUACAACAAUUCAUCAUUCUACGUCAACGAAUCGUUAGGGUUACAGUUCAACGACACGGACGUUUGGGUUGGAUAUCGACUCGCUAAGAUACCUUUUAUGUUGAUCGGUUAUGGAAUUAUGAAUACCAUGCGAACAUACACAGUACCAAGCAUCGGCUAUUGUUUCAACGCAUGUGGUGGAGGGAGAUUCGGAAUAAAACUGCCGUUAUUCUCUGUUCUAUCAAAUACAAACACAUCACAUGGACAAAAUUGCAAGACUAAGUGCCAAACCCAAAAUAAGUGUGUUGCCGUUUUCUCUCAAAUAACCGCAAGCGGAGAAGUAUUUCCCAACGUUAGCAAUACGGGCGGAGAUUGUAUGCAAUACUUUCACCCGAGGUUUGAAUGGGGGCCAUGUACAAAAUAUGAUCCAAUUAAAGUAAUGUGCAGCAACAGUUCACAUACAGAUGAAUCAGCGACUGCAGUCAUAUAUGUACAACCCUUAACUUAUAACUGGAGUAAGGGAAAUGCGUUAUGUUGGGACAAUGAUAAGCAUGCAGCAUCGUGGAAUAGUAUACGACGCGGUGGAUUUAACUAUAACGACGCCCAGUACCACUGGACAGGCAUUAUCCGGUCUACUGCAAUAGUCAAAAGAUCAGCUGUUCUCGACAAUUCAACAUGCCUUACUGAUCCGUUUGCGUUUGUGAUAAACAUGGAUGGUGCUUUGCAAAUUGCAAACAAUGGUAUCAGAGCAGCUCUUUGUAUACGUCAAGAUAUUGCACCAGCACCCUCAGAAAGCACAGCAGGAAUAGUAUCGACGAAUGUGUUUUUCUGUAAAAAUACUACUUCCGAAACGCUUACUCCGAGUGGUUCUACUUCUCAAGGUCCUUCCUAUGGAGGUACUACUCAAACAAGUACAACAGAGUCUACCCCCGACGGUUCAACAACUGCAGUUUCGAACACUAAGACUUCAUCAUCUCAAGGUUCAUCGGCAAGUGUUGGUAUAGGCAUCGGUGUGGCAGUUGUAAUACUGAUUGCAGUCGGAGCAGUAGUUAUGAUUGUUGUAUUAAGAAAAAGGGGUCUAUUGCAGUGCAGAUCGGGGCUGAACAAACCUGGCGUCGGAACACUCGCGAUUUCAAGCAGGUCGUAUGAAGAUAACGUUGAAAAUCAUAACUAUUUUAUACUUGAGAAAAGCGCGCAGUCAGCUGAAGGCAUAUCUAAUCAUUUUAAAAGAGCAAAUGAACCCAAUGAGGAAAAUCGUGAGACUGAUCAUUAUAAUGUUAUUGAUAAAAUAGAGGAUCCUUAUCAAAGUGUAAACGAUGACAACGGUGAAUAUGACUACACAACCAAUGCUGUAACCACCGGACCAAAUAGCAGGAAGCCAAAAAAUGUAUAUAAUAAAAUCAAAAUAGACCGGUCUGGAGACUACGACCACGUAGGAAGACGCGAGCAUAAUAUUUCCCCCGCAGGCAACGACUUUGAUACAACUGCUUUGGGGGUCAUAAAUGAUGGCGUCGGCGACUAUAACCACAUUUCAGAUUUUGCCAGUACAAAAUUUACAAACGCGUAAACGCCACAAACAGCUCAUCGCAAGGGGGUAAUUAAUACAAUAAAGCUCCGAAUUCCACAAAGAGACAUACUCUUGUUUAAAUACAUACAGUAACGUUUCCACAAACUUUGACACAAAAAGGACAUUGUACAAGAUUUUAUAAACAUAUUAUUCUCCUGUAUCUCAUUUGCAAUAAACAGCACAUAUGAACAAACAUUAAACUAACGUGCUAAUACAGCUACAGUCAUGUGCACGUUUUUAAAUCUAAUUACCCAUUUUACUUAGGCUUAAUAAAGCUGUCGCUAAUAUGCUUUUUCUUUCAAAUAUAUAAUUAAAUCGAACAUAUAUUCAGACAUAAAACGUUUAUUUAUAGAUUUUUUCAGAUGCAUGAAUUCCAAAAUUUACUCAUCGCUUAUGGCCAAAAAGGCACGGCUAUGUAUGCAAUUUAUAUUUGUUCUGUGAAUUCUUAAGCAUAAUGCGUUUACGUAACAAUACAUACAAUGUUAUUUUGUAACAGCUAAUAGCACUAUAAACGAGCUACUCAUCAAGUCCGCAUCGAAUGGACAUAAAUAAGUUACACAUUAUAAGAGCUUGAACAUGUAGUGCGUGUUACAUUAGAAAAGACGCCGGUAUUGUAUAUGUUGUGUUUAAUAUAUGAUAAUAUUUACUAUGAACUGCAUUUUCAGAUGUAUUUAAUAAAUAGUACUUUAUACUGUUUCACUUCAAUAAUAAAUUUACAGGUCACAUGCGAUCUCAUUUUGUCGCAGAUUUAAUAUAACUUCAAUUACAACCAUCUCAAAACCAAAUACAAAACGUUUUACAAUGCUCAAGUUUAUACAAUCAACAUAUCUACAUAUAUUGUGCAAUUUGUCAUAUCUUAUCACGAUGAUAACGAUGUGAAUAGGUAAAAUUUUAUCAAUUAUAUACAUUGGCUAUGAAUACACCUCGAGCGAAUGUAUCUCAAAACACUUCCAAGAAAGUUAAUUUUAUAAGGACAAUAAACAUUAAGUGACAAUAUAAAUGUGGUUCUUCGAGGAAAUUUGUAUUUUGCUGGCAAAUUUUAUACUUACAAAUUAACACGUAAGUUAUCAAUACAAUGUGUGAUAUAUGCGGAUGAAAAAAUAUAUACAUACAAUCAACGAUAAAACCUAUACACCGGAAUGAAGACUGAUAUAAUCCCAUCCAUCAAUGAUGAAUCGAUAUGUCUGAAUAAAAUACUGACUUGUAUAUGUUUUGUUUAACGAAUAUUUAAAAUCGUCGGACAAUUUCUACCGAUAUGGACAAAGACACUAUGUUCAUACAUGAAUAAAUAGUAUGCAUUGCCACUGCAAAUUUAACAUUAAUGCCAAGGGCUGCUAUGGUGUGACACUGUGUGAUAUACAUACUAUUUCCUCACAUAUAGUAUUGUGUAGUACAUGCGACGGGCAACACGUAUGUGAGUACAUACAUGCAGAACAUACACAAAUAACUUAGAAUAAUUGCAUACACGUUUAAUUUGUCUAUUUAUGAAAUGUAUAAGCUAUUUAAUGAUUACUAUUGCCAAUAUAUAUUGUUUUUGAAAAUUCCGCGUUAAGGAUAAUAGAGGGGUAACAGUUAACUGAUCACACGUGCACUUGAUAUUUUAUGACAUACUUGUAUACGCUUAA